UGAGGGCAGGGCCUGAGGGGAGGUUUGGUACGCGCUGAACUUUCAACGAAACUUCUCGCCUCCUGCAAGGAAUUGAGGACGUGGUCCUUCCACGUCAUUUGGUGUUUUCUCUGCGCGGAGUCAUCUUGCGCCUCCCCCUGCUCAUCAUCAUCGACGGUGGCUCACUCUCCUCCUGCUCAUCAUCGGCGGUGACCCACUUUUAAGGAGGAUAGAGAGGAGAACGCGACCAGCUGUGCGGCGAGUGCAGGGGAUCGCAGGUAUACAUUAACCAGGAAGGAGUGUGUGUGUGUGUGUGUGUGUGUGAGAGAGAGAGAGAGAGAGAGAGGGAGAGAGAGAGAGAGAGAGAGAGAGAGAGAGAGAGAGAGAGAGAGAGGGAGAGGGAGAAAAAAGAUGAAUCCUAAUGCUAACACAAACCCUAUGUAUAUGGGCCCAGGAGGCGGGUACGAUACAUUUAGGGGUGGUCCGCCUCAACCAGGUAGAAGCCCGAUGGGGAGUGGUGGUGGUGGUGGUGUUGGCAUGGGCAUGCCUGCGGGCAAUGUUGGUGGCGCAGGCAGUUCAGCAGAUGCAUUGAACGACGUGCUUUAUGGCGCGGGCGCGGGGUUCGUCCGCAGUGGACUCGGUGCUUAUGGAGAAAAGAUACUCGGCUCUGGGCGCAGCUACGUUCAGAGCAAUAUCAGCCGCUAUUUCACCGGUCAUGACGUUCAAUACUACUUCCAAGUGAACGAUCAGUACGUCAGGAAUAAGUUGAAAUUACUCCUGUUUCCAUUCUUUCACAGAGGGCAUUGGACAAGGAUAACGGAACACGUGGCGAACGGCCGGCUUGUGUACAAACCCCCCCGUUAUGACAUCAAUGCCCCCGACCUUUAUGUGCCUUUGAUGGGGUUUGGAACGUACGUAGUGCUGUGCGGAAUCGCCGCCGGAUUGGACCACAGAUUCACGCCGGAGGUGUUGGGUACCCAGUUCACUAGGGGGCUGAUUGCGUGGGGGGUUCAGUGGGUUUUAAUGAGGGGGUUUUUGUACGCUUUGGGGUCUGGAGAAGCCCCCAUGCUCGAUCUCGUGGCCUAUACUGGGUACGCCUUCGUUGGCGUCUCUGUGAGCAUUCUGUCCUUCGUCCUAAUGAGCUGGUUGUACUGGAUUGUAUGGGCCUGGACCAGUCUGUGCAUGGGGAUGUUCGUGGUAAAGACAAUGAAGAGGAUUCUGUUCGCUGAAUCUCGCCAUUACGAUCGAGAUUCAAGCAGGCAUCAUUACAUCUUGUUGUUGAUGGCAGCCCUGCAAUUUCCUAUAGCCGCGUGGUUGGGCUGGUUGAAAAGGUAGUGUAGCGAGAUUGAGUGUCGUUUGUUCUGAUAAGCCCGCUGGUUGGAUUAGAACGUCUUCUGGGCGUGGACUAUUCUGCGCAUGGGGAGGGAGGAUGUUCAUAGUGAAGACAAGGAAGAGAGGAGUCUGUUUGCUGAAUCUUCGGCAUGACGAUCGAGAUUCAAGUAGGCAUCACUAUAUCUUGUUGUUGAUGGCAGCCCCGCAAUUUCCUAUA